GUUCUGCACUGUUAAGCACAGCUAGAACCGGACUGUCUAAAGCCUCUUUGGUAUUAGAAGAGCAAGAUAAUCUGCAGCCAUGUUCCAGUUGAUCCCCAUUUUCAUUAUGGCUGGUUUGAUGACCGUAAGUACUCAGGAUAUAUCCGAGCAAAGUCGGCCUUCUGUAAACACAAGGUGCUGGACAGAGUGGUUUGACCGGGACAACCCGUCUGGAACGGGGGACUGGGAGAUCCUCACGUCGCUGCGCAACGAGAACCCCGGCAAGAUCUGCCCCACGCCAGUGGGCAUCGAGGUGGAGACCACCACUGGCCUCAGUAUUGCUGCGGCAGGGGAGGUGAUUGCUGUGGCUGACGCAACCACAGGCUUUAUUUGCAAGAACAAAGACCAACCGGAUCAGACAUGUUUGGACUAUCGUGUACGUUUUGUCUGCCACCCACCGUUUUGCAACCAACACAUUUGCUGGAGCAAAUGGUUGGACCGGGACAACCCAGGUGGGACAGGGGACUGGGAGACACUGAGCCAUCUGAGGAUACAAUACCCGGGGUCCAUCUGCGAUGAACCUCUCUACAUAGAGGCCGUCACUGUAGACACUAUGACCCCAGCAUUGGCUACAGGGCAGAACUUCUUCAUCUUCAAUCCAACCACUGGGUUUGUCUGUCGCAACUCUGACCAGACCAAAAGACGGUGUCUUGAUUACAAGGUACGCUUUGGAUGCUGUUGUGAUCCGGAAACUCCGAUCCGACCCGGUCCGAUCCGAGAUGACGCGUGA